CAUGUCUCCCCGUCUGCUAUCGUGUUUGUGGCGGCAUUCCCAGUCUGCGAGGCCACAUGCCCGCCUCGCCGCACCGUCGCGCCAGUACAGUGCCAGCUCGUCCGACAAGUCGCCCUCGCGCCAUGCCCAGUUCUACUCCGACCUGAUUCCGGGCAUGAUCCCCGUCGCCCUCCUCGGUUCUGCGGUCUACUUGGCUUUGCGCCUCGCACAGGCUCACCUUUCACAUGAAAAAUUCCUCGAGGAAGCACACGCACGGGUGAACGCUUUGGAGGAGGAGAUUGAGGCCUUGCGGAAUGCGCAAGUGACGACGACAGAAAGCAGCGCGCAGGCUGGGCCCUCGGGCGGGAGUGCGAGCACGUCGAGGUGGUGGUUCCGGUAGAUACCCUACGGCGUGUUCGGAGGCGAGAUGCGGCGGUGUCAUGUUCAAAGUAUGUCAGCGUCCUCACCGUAGUCCGACUCUCCAUCCCUGGAAUCAGAGUGUUGCCCCUGCUCCCCGCUGAUGACUGCGCACAAUGGGA